GGGAGAAGGGCUAGCCCAGUUUAUAGGAAGCGGAUGUGUCAACUUUAGCGGAAGUGGUACAACCCAGACACUGAAGAACGAGAGGAGGACGAACACUCCAACCGGAGCUUUCACAGCGCUAAAACAGGACUAAAACCCAUAUUUAAAUCUCUGACAAUGGACAAGAGUGACCUGGUGCAGAAAGCAAAGCUGGCCGAACAGGCAGAGCGCUACGAUGACAUGGCCGCCGCCAUGAAGGCAGUGACCGAGGGCGGUGGCGAGCUGUCCAACGAAGAGCGCAACUUGCUGUCCGUAGCCUACAAGAACGUGGUCGGUGCACGCCGAUCCUCCUGGCGCGUCAUCUCCAGCAUUGAGCAGAAGACCGAAUCCAACGAGAAGAAGCAGCAGAUGGCGCGUGAAUACCGCGAGAAGAUUGAGAGCGAGCUGACGGAUAUCUGCAAGGAUGUUCUGGCCCUCCUGGAAAGCUAUCUCAUUCCCAAUGCCACUCAGCCAGAGAGCCAGGUGUUCUACCUGAAGAUGAAAGGGGACUAUUAUAGAUACUUGUCCGAGGUUGCAUCUGGGGAAUGCAAGAAGGACACGGUCGAUAAGUCUCAGCACUCCUACCAAAGUGCUUUUGAUAUAAGCAAGAGCGACAUGCAGCCCACACACCCCAUCCGGCUUGGUCUGGCUCUUAACUUCUCCGUCUUCUUCUAUGAGAUCCAGAACUCGCCAGAAAAGGCCUGCAACCUCGCCAAGACGGCUUUUGAUGAAGCCAUUGCUGAGCUUGACACCUUAAAUGAGGAUUCCUACAAAGACAGCACCUUGAUCAUGCAGUUACUAAGGGACAAUCUUACCCUGUGGACGUCGGAAAGCCAGGGCGAAGAGGCAGACCCAGGCGAGGGAGAGAACUAGAGGAGCCACUCUGAUGUCCAAACACCCGCACACACACCCCCCCCAUCUUACUUACAAAAAUUACACAAAUAGCUUCCUCCAAAUCCACCCUCACCCCUCUCUAACCUGCUAUCCAUUCUUCAACCUUUUUCCAUCUGCAUCCUGCUCUCUCCUGUACCCACCCUCCUGUACGAUCAAUCACAAGAUGCAUCCAAAGCAAGACCCCCACCGAUGCCUCUUGUACAGGCUUCAGUGGAAAGGAUUUAAGGGAGGGUGGGAGGGAUAGGGAGGGUUUGCAGGGUGACAUGCCUAUUGUCAACAGGUGUGCUAUAUUGUUUGUGAAAUUUAACACGGUUGUACUGAAUAUCUGAUCCAUAUUUGUUAAGUGCAUGAGUGAGUGUGUGUGUGUGAGAGAGCCCUAGUGAGUGUGUGAUAGUGUGACUGAAUUGUUUGUGCGUGUGUGUUUUGGAGUCAGGGGUUAUAAACUCUAAACGUCCUUCCUAAUGAUUCCUUAAUUUUUUUUUUUUGGUUUGUUUAUUUUCCCUUUUAAUUUUUUUCCACUUUAGCUGGUUGUGCAUUUUCAUCCUUAUUUUUUGUUACAGAUUUUUUUUUUUUUUUUUUUUAGUGUAAUUUGUCAUGGUAUUUGCAGGUUUUAUUGUAUGGUUAUUAAACUGGCAGUUUAUUUUCACCAAACACUGUAAUUUCUUGAGUUUUGUAUGCUUUGUUUUGGUUUUCUUUGGGACCUGUGAUGCUCUUCCUCUCAGCUUGGAUUCCUUGUUUCAGUGCUGCGGUUAUUCACUGAAAGCUCUGUUCAGACACGUGGUCAGUGGGCCAUUUCAUAAAGUAAAUGUCUGAAAAUUGA